AAAAUAAUAUUAGUAAUCUACAACAAUUUAUUAAUGAUCGCACAGCCAGAAUACACGAUCRGAACUGCUUUCCACUUUGUUCUGGAAAUAAKAAUGUUACACUAAAUUUAUCGCAUAUGCAUUUAUUUAUAGACGUUUUAAUCUGGGAAGGAGCAAAUAUUAUAUCUACUCAAAGGAGCAGUGAAGCAGCUAAUUUGUUAAAAAUUAAAUUCUGUGACAUUCCGCUAUUAUUGAUUCACGGAACAACGAAUUAUGAACUUCGCGUUGCUGUCUGUUUUCAUCGUGGCAAGAGUGGUUUAAGGACUUCAAUUGGACACUAUACAGCAUAUGUAAAAAGAAGUAGUGGUCGUCAAUGGGAACUUUUCGAUGACAUGAAAAAAAAACCAGUUCCAGUUAAGGACACAACAACAAUAAUGUGUGAAUUUUUGGUUUAUACAGUUUGACAAU